AUGUCUGACAGUCACUCACACGAUGAAGGCCAUGUCGAAAAACAUGAAGAAACAGGUAAUCAUGUUGUCGUUGAAGGUGACAAACAAGAGCAAAAUAUAAAUGAAACAAAUGCAUCAAUAAACGAUGAAAAUAAUCAUGAAAAACAAAAUAGCAUUGUUGAAAAUGCAGAUGACUCCGUUUCAAGCCUUACUCAUGAACUUGAACAUAUUCGUGUUACAUUAGAUGAUGAAUCAACAACAUCUGCCACAGAAGAAACUGCAACACACAUGGACGCUACCAAUACUAACGAAGUUACAGAUGAGGCUGAUAAAGUUCACGGUGAAAAUAAUGAAAUAUCACAUGAACCAGCUCAUCCAGCAAGCGAGCCAGUAGUCGAAGUACAAGAAGUUGUAACAUCAGCUGUUCAACACAGUGAAGAACAUGCUGCAGAAACUAAAAAUAUUGUUGAAGAGCACGCCACUGAAGUACAGAAAGAGGUGGCUGCAGCUCCUGAAGUCGAAGAAAAGACUGUAGAAAUCUCAGAUAAUGUUCAAGACCAUGUGACUGAGAUAAAACAUGAGGAAGCUGUCGUUGCAGCGCAUGUAGUGGAAGAGCCGAUUAAAGAAAUUUCAGAGAGCGCUCAAGAACAAGUUGCCGAUGUGCAACACGAGACAGUCGCUGCCUCUCCUGUAGUCGAAGAAAAGCCUACGGAAACUGAACAUACUACUACAGAAAAUGUUGCUGAAGUAAAACAUGAUGUCGAAGAAAAUGCUCAUGAAGUAACGCAUGAUGCUGAAGAAAAAAUUCAUGAAGUAGCACAUAAUGUUGAAGAAAAAGCUGCUGAGUUAAAAGAUGAUGCCACAACUGCUACUCUUCACAGAGAAUUUCAUGCUAAAGAAUCAUUAAAUAAUAUUCAGGAGAAAGCACAUGAGCUUGCUACUACCGCUAAAGAAGCUAUCAUAGAAGCUGAAAAAUCUACAGAAGAAAAAUUAGUUGCUGUUAAAAAUAAAAUUCAAGAAAAAGCUACAGAAGUGAUUGACACUGUUAAACAUACAACUGCAGAAACGCUCGCUAAAGCUGAAAAAUUCGGUAACGGAAAAUUGGAAGAAACAAAAGAAUGGGCGCACAGGAAAAGUUCUGAAGCUUUAAAUAAAGGAAGUGAAAUCCUUACUUCAACACAACAUGCAAUCGCAACUGGUGCAACUGUGGUUAAUGAAAAACUUCACGCCGGAGCAGAAUCAUUAUCAGAAGCUGCUUCAAAUCUUAGAGCAACUGCUGAACCAAUAGUAGCUGAUGCUGCUGUUACAAAAACAGAAGAAAAUGAAAAACAAGCAUCGUCCACAGUCGAACAAGUUGUUGAAACUAAAGCUGAUGCUACUAGUACUAGUGCUACACCAGCUGCUAUCACAUCGAAUACUCCCACUGCAGAUCGUGUCUCACAAGAAGCUAAUGGAACAGAAAAAUCUACGCAAGAUUCACCGCAAGCAGCUAGUGGUUCAGUGACAACUCCUGUAGUAACUACAGCUAAACCUGGGCCAUUUUCAGGGCUUCGUACCUUUUUCAAAAAUUUAUUCACUCCAUCUGGUAAUCAUAAACACCAUCAUCAUAAUACAAGUUCAACGAGCGAUACUGCUGCUACUAAUACAGCUGAAACAAAACUCGAUGCGACAAAUAAUCCAUCGGCAUCAUCAUAA